CUCUCCUGAAGGUGGAUGAGGCUUUCUACUCUCUAAUUGAAAACUCCCAUGGGGCAGUUCUACCCUGUUCUAUAGCGUCGAAAUGAGUCCAAGGCGACCCAAUGGUAGUUUGUUUUUUGUUUGUUUUCCCCAGCUGCUCAAAGUCUAGCCAUUCCCUAAUCCCAGCACACCUACAGUAGGAGUGGGGACCCUCUUUUCAAAGUCGCAGCAGAGCCUGGAGCCUCAGACAUCAGAACCUGAGAAACUCUUUGCUCCUGUGUAAGCCUUUAGGGAAGCAAAUGCUCUCGGGGCAGGGGGCCUGGUGGUGUAGGUGUCGUGGUUAUACGCUGACUGCGGACCUCAUGGUCGGUGGGUUCAGAAACCACCAGCAGCUCCACUGGAGAAAGACUGGGUUUUCUAGUUAACAGUUUCUUGGAAGCCCACAAGGGCUACCUGUUUAGCAUGUGCCCUGGUGAAACUGCUCUGCUGCCAACCCAAAGCUGGGAGGUUCCGACCCACCAUUCGCUGUCCCGGAGCACGAUGUGCAGUCUUACAACCCCCCUAUGGGCCCUUGCGGGGUAGUGGGUCUCGACUCUGGCUGCUAAUCGUAAAGUCUGCAGUUUGAACCUGCCACCCACUCUGCGGGAGGACGAUGAAGCUUUCCCUAUCACGCCUCCGAAUCGAAAAGGGGCGGUUCUACUGUGCCUUACAGGGCCACUACGAAUAGGGGCCCACUCCAAGGUGGUGGAUUCGGGUCUCCGGUUCUCCUUGGAUCCGCACUGGGAAGGGUAGCACAGUGGGGAGGGAGAGCCACUUUCAAAGGAAGGAGCAGAACUGCAAAGAAUGACCAAGGCCCGUGCGGGAGCGCAGCUCUCGGAGGCAAGCUUGGGUCGCCCCUCCCCCGCCUCCUCGCUCAGCUCGACCCACCUUAGGGCGGGACCUCCCGCUUCAGCCAAUUCUGGGAGCUGAACCCUGGCGGUUUGUACUCUUUCUUUCCAAUGAGAAAAAAAGGAAGCCGCUUGGCGCCGAUGACCAAUCCGAGGCGGCGGCGCCGGGUUGUCAGGCAGGUUAUAAGCGUUCGGGCCAAUUGGAGGCGCAGAUACCGCUCGACCUGGGCGCAGCGCGCAGGCGGAGGCGAAGAGACGCCGGAGCGGGCCGAGUGCGGCCGAGCGGAGCCGGAGCCGGAGCGGGACCGCAGGAGCCGGGCCGGGUCCGGACGGGCCGAGAUGCCCUAUAAACUGAAGAAGGAGAAGGAGCCCCCCAAACUUGCCAAAGGCACGCCCAAAGCCAGCAGCUUGGGCAAGGAUGGUGGAGGCGAGAACACCACCGAGGAGCCCCAGCCCCAGCCGCAGCCACAGCCCCAGACUCAGCCACAGCCACAGCCACAGCCCCCGGCCUCCAACAAGCGUCCCAGCAACAGCACACCGCCCCCCACCCAGCUCAGCAAAAUCAAGUACUCGGGGGGCCCGCAGAUCGUCAAGAAGGAGCGCCGACAGAGCUCCUCCCGCUUCAACCUCAGCAAAAACCGGGAGCUACAGAAGCUGCCCGCUCUGAAAGAUUCACCAACCCAGGAGCGGGAGGAGCUAUUUAUCCAGAAACUGCGCCAGUGCUGUGUGCUCUUUGACUUUGUGUCAGACCCACUCAGCGACCUCAAGUUCAAGGAGGUGAAGCGUGCGGGGCUCAACGAGAUGGUGGAGUACAUCACCCACAGCCGAGACGUCGUCACAGAGGCCAUCUACCCCGAGGCUGUCACCAUGUUUUCAGUGAACCUCUUCCGGACGCUGCCACCUUCAUCCAAUCCCACGGGGGCCGAGUUUGACCCAGAGGAGGAUGAACCCACCCUGGAGGCGGCCUGGCCCCAUCUCCAGCUCGUGUAUGAGUUUUUCCUCCGUUUCCUUGAGUCGCCGGACUUCCAGCCAAACAUAGCCAAGAAGUACAUUGACCAGAAGUUUGUUCUUGCCCUCCUGGACCUCUUUGACAGUGAGGACCCUCGAGAGCGCGACUUCCUCAAGACCAUCUUGCAUCGCAUCUAUGGCAAAUUCCUGGGGCUCCGGGCCUAUAUCCGCAGGCAGAUUAAUCACAUCUUCUACAGGUUCAUCUACGAGACGGAACACCACAAUGGGAUUGCUGAGUUGCUGGAGAUCCUGGGCAGCAUCAUCAAUGGCUUCGCCCUGCCCCUGAAGGAGGAGCACAAGAUGUUCCUCAUCCGAGUGCUGCUCCCCCUGCACAAGGUCAAGUCCCUGAGUGUCUACCAUCCUCAGUUGGCCUACUGCGUGGUCCAGUUCCUGGAGAAGGAGAGCAGUCUCACGGAGCCGGUGAUUGUGGGACUCCUCAAGUUCUGGCCCAAGACGCACAGCCCCAAGGAGGUGAUGUUCCUGAACGAGCUGGAGGAGAUUCUGGAUGUCAUCGAGCCGUCGGAGUUCAGCAAGGUGAUGGAACCACUCUUCCGCCAGCUUGCCAAGUGUGUCUCCAGCCCCCACUUCCAGGUGGCAGAGCGGGCCCUGUACUACUGGAACAACGAGUACAUCAUGAGCCUCAUCAGCGACAACGCCGCCCGCGUCCUCCCCAUCAUGUUCCCCGCGCUCUACAGGAACUCCAAGAGCCACUGGAAUAAGACCAUCCAUGGACUCAUCUACAAUGCCCUGAAGCUGUUUAUGGAGAUGAACCAGAAGCUCUUUGACGACUGUACGCAGCAGUACAAGGCAGAGAAACAGAAGGGCCGGUUCCGAGUAAAGGAGAGAGAAGAGAUGUGGCACAAGAUCGAGGAGCUGGCCCGGCUAAAUCCCCAGUACCCCAUGUUCCGAGCUCCGCCACCACUGCCCCCCGUGUAUUCGAUGGAGACGGAGACCCCCACGGCAGAGGACAUUCAGCUCCUGAAGAGGACGGUGGAGACCGAGGCCGUGCAGAUGCUGAAAGACAUGAAGAAGGAGAAGGUGCUGCUCCGGCGGAAGUCAGAGCUGCCCCAGGACGUGUACACCAUCAAGGCUCUGGAGGCGCACAAGCGGGCCGAAGAGUUCCUAACCGCCAGCCAGGAGGCUCUCUGACCCUCACUUGCCCACCGCAGGGCCACAGCCCGUUCAACCCUGGCCCUCCACCCUCUGCUCCCUGUUGCCUGACUUGGGGGCAAGGCAGUGCCUCUUUAGCUACUCUGGGGGUGGGGAUGCAGACACUUAAAGCCGGGAUGCUCACGGGGUGGUCCCCCUUCUUCCCCAAAUGUGUUCAUCCCUCCCUGUGGACAGUGCAGAUAGGCUGGGCUCCCCAACGCUCAGACCACAUGGGGAUCCAUGACCCCCUCCUGCUCACCUCACAGCUGCCUGAGGCUGCUCUGAGACCACCACACAGGAGUACACAUGUCCCCCUCCUCUUCUCAUUGUCCUCAUCUGAGCUCCUGCGUCUGCCCUCUUCCUUGCCUGCAGAGGCGGGUAGGGAGCAGCAACUUCUCACCAAAGUUACAUUGAGCCCCAGUCACUCCUGGAGAGUAGCUGGCGGGGGAGCCCAACCUACACAGCACAACUAAACCACCACCCCACCCCACCCCCCGCCUCAGCGGUGUGCAGGCCAAGGGGGCCCUAUUAUUUCCUGUCCCCCACCUGAUGGAGACAACAUUGUGGGGAGGUCAUAGGAAAAUAAAAUACAGGCUGUGGACAGUAAGUGGUGAACACGGGCCCAAGCCAACUAAGAGGGUGGGAAUGGACACACACCCUGUGUGCCCCUCCUGAGUGGCAGCAGUCCCAGGAUCACAGACAAGGAUGGGACCACCUUGGAGGGACUGCUUUCCAGUGCUCUUGGGAUAAGCUGGGAGGGAGCAGCGCCCCAAGCAUGGCUCCCCCAGCACCUAUUUAUUUCCUUUGUGCUGAUGUUAGGCAAUCCCUCAUUGGCCCCUGUCCGGCACCUUGGAGGGUGGGGGGGCAAGGGGUUAAGGAGGGC